UAAAGGAAGUUCAGUUUUCCAGCGACCAAGCACUCUGUGGACGCCAUCUGACCAGCUCAGCUCAAUCAUGACCCCACCACAGUGGUCAGCUUCAGACAUGGUGCUUGGUCUUCUGCUACUAACCUGUCUGUGUUUCACCAUGGAUGGUGGCGUUCAGGCUUCCUACAGUCCUGAUAAGAUUCCGCUAGAAGCUCAUUUUGCUGAGACAUUUGACUCAGGUCCUCUGGACAGGAAAUGGGUCCUGUCCAAGGCUAUGAAACAGACAGACACUGAAGCUCUAAAGUAUGAUGGUCAGUGGGCACUGGAGGACCCAGAGGCAGAACUGCAUCCUGGGAAUAGAGCCCUGGUGAUGAAGUCACCAGGAAAACAUCAUGCCAUUUCAGCCUACCUCCACACACCCUUCACACACACACACACCCCGCUCUGCCUGCAAUAUGAGGUGAGAUUUGGGAAAGGUGUAGAAUGCAGUGGUGCCUACAUCAAACUCCUGACUCAGACACAUCAACUACGACUGGGCCAGUUCAGUGAAUCCACUCCGUACUCUGUGAUGUUUGGCCCUGAUAAGUGCGGUAAAAUCCACCAGCUCCACCUCAUCGUCAGGGUAACCGACCCAAGCAACGGAGGUUACCGGGAAACACACGCCCCCCAACCUGUAGAUGACCUGGCAUCAUACUUCACUGACCGACAAUCACACCUCUACACGCUACAUCUGUAUGCAGACAGCAGAUAUGAGAUCUUCAUCGACCAAGCACUGGUCAGUCAUGGCCAGCUACUGACAAAUGAACUCCCGAUCACUGGAUCCCCAGAGAGACAACAACAGUUGUCUGAGUUUAGAGUGGAGUCUGUGGGGGCACUGGGUUUGGAGCUGUGGUCGUUGUCAGGGGAAGUCAUAUUUGACAACAUCCUGUUGACCGAUGACCUAAAGCUGGCUGAGAGAUGGACGCAGAACACCUGGGGACAAAAACAACCCGGACGUUUGGAGCGUCUCUUCAUAGUGACCAGCUCUCGGCCGUGGCUAUGGGGCGUCUAUGUGUUCACAAUAGGACUGCCGCUCAUUCUCUUCAUCAGCUACAUGUGGCCGGACAAAAGGUUUGGGCCCGCGGAUCAGGAUUACUACUAUAAGAAGAAUGAUGAUCCUCAGCCAGAUAGCCAAUCAGAAACAGAACAGCAAAAUGGCCAAACAGAGACAGACCAGCCAGGCGUCCUAUCUAGCAGUCCAACUAGACUGGCAGGUUAUGGUGCAUUAAGCAGAGCUCGGGCCUGGAGGAGAGAAGCUCAGAGGAAGUCGGACCUGGAAAUGAAGACUGAGGGACAAUGCCCGACCCGCCAGAAGACCAACUGACAGAGGCCUGAUGUAUAUCCAUGUGGCUUCACAGGGUCCAGCAAUGUUGUUGUAACAUCUUCGGUUCUAUCAGCCGUUUGGCGUGAGACGACGCAGCUUCCAGGCUGUGUUCUUCAGCCGGUCAUGGAGACACUGCCUGAGACACUGAGACUUUGGACUCACAUCAAAAGUGACAGCGUUAAAGUGUCCACAUCUGAAGAGUCAAAAUCAUUCACUAGCCCUGUUGAUACCUGUAGUUAACAUUCCUCCUGACCGGGUCUGUUGAUACCUGUAGUUAACAUUCCUCCUGACUGGGUCUGUUGAUACCCUUAGUUAACAUUCCUCCUGACCGGGUCUGUUGAUACCUGUAGUUAACAUUCCUCCUGACCGGGUCUGUUGAUACCUGUAGUUAACAUUCCUCCUGACUGGGUCUGUUGAUUCCUGUAGUUAACAUUCCUCCUGACUGGGUCUGUUUCACUAGUAAGAGCUGACAAUGAAUCAGUAUUAACUAUCGAUUCUCUAACUACGUGGCUAAAAUCUGAAUGGGGAAACGAUUGGGUAAAAAGCUAAAAGUUAGAUGCAGGUAUAAACAUGACCAGUAAUUGCAAUGGUUGGACAGUGUACAAGAGUUCGCAAUUAAACAGACCUUCUGAAACCAAAAGCUUCUUGAUCAUGAUCAA